AUGGCACGUCAACUUGUUGUCCUCGCCCUCGUGCUCGUCGCCAUCCUCGGCUUGGCAUCCGCCCAGGCACCAGCCAAAGCACCAGCUGCACACUCUGGUGGCGAGGCAGCAGCCCCAGCUGAUGACAGUACAGUCGGACCCAUCGACGAUGCUCCCGCCGGUGGAGAUGAUGCCAUCGAGGCCCCGGUAGGUGGCCCCGUCCCCGAAGGAGCUUUCCCUCCCACCCAAGAGGGACCAGCCCAGGCACCUUCCUCCGAAAACGGCGCCACCGUCACCAAGGUCUCUGCCGUUGCUGUGGUUGCAGCUGUUGCCGGGUACUUCUUCUAA